AUGUCACACAAUUCUAAUGGAACACGUGUUGAGAGAGUUGAAAAAGCUACUAUCCUUGCACUCGCCGAGGACAUAACUCAAAAGACGAAAGACAUUACGGAGUACCUACAAGCCAACGGAUAUGACCAACCCACCGAUUCAGCUACUUCUUCUAGGUACCCCGACACGGUCGAAUAUGCUGUGCUAUACGGAAAACUCAAAAGAUGUCUUGAAGAUCUCAAUUACCUUGUUGAAGGUCCAAAACGCCACUUCCGUGAGCUUUGUUGCCAGGGAUACGAGCUUGCAGCAAUCCAAGUGGCUCUAGAGUUUGGAUUCUUCGAGAUCGUUCCCCUCGAAGGUCAAAUCUCAAUUGAGGCCUUGGCAGAAAAGGCCGGUGUUGAUUUUGAUCGGACAUGCCGUAUUGUCCGUCUUUUAGUCACAGAAUUCAUUUUCCAAGAGCCAGUCCCGGGGGUUAUUGCGCACAACCCCAGUUCUUAUCUCCUGCACGUGGACGAAGAAAUUCGUUCAACACUGCAUUACACCCUGGACGAAAUGCUGAAGGCUGCCUCGGCCACUGCUGAUAAUGUGAAGGCAUCGCCGCUCGAGUAUGACAGCGCCCUUACCCCAUUUGCGACACUGCAUGGCAUUCCCAUCUUCAAAUUUUAUGAAAAGGAUACUCAACGAUCCAUUCGCUUUGCCAAAGCCAUGGCUGGAUGGGCAAAAUUGAAUCUCAACAUCAAUGCCCUCAAAGAAGCAUUUCCAUGGGAUGAGCUCAAGGGCACUGUAGUGGAUGUCGGCGGUGGAAGUGGCAAGGUCUCCAUCACUCUGGCCCAGAGCUUCCCUGGCCUCAAAUUUAUUGUUCAAGACUCAGUCGAUAUGCACGCGGCCGGGCAGGCGCUUCUGACUGAUGAAACUAGAGAUCGGGUCUCUUUCAUGCAGCACAGCUUUUUCGACCCACAGCCGGUUGGGGGUGCCGCAGCAUUCAUCUUACGUGCCUGUGCAUUGAACUGGAGUGAUCGCGACGUUGUCACCAUGUUCCGCUCGUUAGUGCCGGGGCUUGAGCGUUCGGAGUCCACUACCCCACUACUUAUAAAUGAUUUAGUCUUGCCGCCACAGGGGACAUUGACGCGCGAUUUCGAGCGGGGGUUGCGCCAGAUAGACCUUAUAAUGCUAGUGGGCUUUGGUGGAAAGCUACGAACCCAGUCUGAAUUCGCGGCACUGUUGAAGGAGGCAGAUGAACGGUAUGAAAUUCGCAACUUCUACCCGGAAGGAUUGAUGGGUCUCCUCGAGGUCUAUUUGCAGCGCUAG